AUGGUUUCCGUAAUCAGGAUAUCGCUGUCAAUUGUUGCGCUUGCUCUGCUCUAUCCAUUCCUGGUAGAGCGUGCCCGCGUGAUCCGGCUUCUCGUGGACAAUGCACCUCACAAGCUCACCGAAAUCAAUACAUUUGCCGACUUCUCGAUCAAAUUCGCUGAUCGAAUACGCAAUUGUGAAGAUGGUCUCAUGAUCGAUGAGGACCAUGUAGCAAUCUUCAGUUGUGAUGCCGGCAGAGAUGUAUGGAACACUGUUAUGGGAACGUUUACUCCGGAUCUGUCGACUAUUCCUCACGGUAAUCUUCACUUGUACAGAUAUGGUCAGAAACCCCCCUUUAAUGAGGAGGCAAAGCUUACGACUAUUGAGCUGCGCGACUUUCCCGGAAUCAAAGAGUUCCAUCCCCUUGGCAUUGAGUACUAUAGGCCGAGUUCGACGUUGUACGUCUGCAACCAUGGUCUAAACGGCUCUCAGAUUGAGAUCUUUUCACUCGAUUUCAGUGGCUCAUCAAAAACCCCCGUCGCUACAUAUCAAAGAACAAUUAGCAGCCCCCUGAUCAGAUCGCCCAAUGCAAUCGCCGUCCUCAGCGACCACGAGCUAUAUGUUACCAGUGACCAUUACUUUCUCAAACGCUACACCCCCACCUUGGCCUGGAUUGAGACAUACCUUGGCCUUCCAUUGGGCGCGGUUGUUUAUGUGAAUCUCUUGACGAAUGAAUUCCGCACCGUCGCCCGUGUGCCGUUUGCGAAUGGCAUCACAUUUCUGAAUGAAACGACUGUGGCUGUCUCAUCAACAAGCGCUGCCGCAGUACGUCUUUAUGAGAUUUCUGCUAAUCGGUUCCUUCGCCAAACCGGUGUGGUGAAUUUGCCUUUUAUGCCGGACAAUCUGUCCACGGAAAAGGAUGGUGUCUUGCUCAUUACCGGUCACCCGCACCCCCCGACUCUGGACAAGAUGCGCGUGGAGCGAUUUAAAUGUCUGAUGAAUAGCACUAUUGGCAACCCAGAUUGUAUUGAUGGCAACUCUCCUACUACGGUGGUUGAGUGGUCUGCGAAUACAGGUGUAAAGACUUUAUAUACGGCGAAGGAGGGGAUUGGGGGUGGCUGCACGUCGUUGAGAGAUACGGAUUACAAUAUUGGUAUCACAUUGGGCCUGUAUGGAAAGGGCGCCAUGAUUUGGAAGAUGUAG